GCCGCGCCGGACGCACGCCUCCAUGUUGCUCCUCGUGUUGUGUCUCGCGGCCGCCGCCGCUGGCUAUGUUGAUAAACAAGCCCCCCCGCAAUGGAGCCCCGUGUACUCAGUGAAGGGCGCGCUGAUGAUUCCCUACGCUGAGCUGGUCGAACCCUUCCCCGCAUGGUUUGACAGCAAGAAUGGCAAGUCCCGCAUCGACUACUACGGGCAGAUGGUCAAGACCUACCAGAUGACCUCUACAGUGUACCCUAAAUACGGCACAAUGAUCAAAAUCGCGCCGGUGACCACAGAGACCGUCCUGAACAAGGAGACGUGUCUGCAAGUGAACGGGACGGACGGACAGACGGUUGACAUUCAGAACGUCCUCCCUGAUAUGACGGACUUCAAGUACAUUGGUACUGAAAACAUGCGUGACACGGAGGCCACAAAAUGGCGGAUGACGACCACUGUAGGUGACAAAAUCAACAAGUACACCAUGUGGGUCAAAUACAAGAAGGACCUCAGAGGAGAUGCGUUACCCAUACCUAUGAGAUACGAGAUGAAGGGCUUCAACUCCCUGCUGGGCUCGCACUACGACCACUACUACAUCGAGUACAUGGACUACGAUGUCGAGGACAUUGACCCCGACGUCUUCAAGGUCGACCCAGGUAUGGAUUGCACAUCAUUCCCCGGCCCCGGCAUCCGUCACAUGGCGACCUUCAACCCCAUGAAGGAGUUCGUGCACCCCGUGCACGAGGGGCACGUGCACGACGAGUUCAACAGAUUCAAGAAUAAGCACGGCAAGAGCUAUCACAGCGACGUGGAACAUGAGAAGCGUUUGAACAUCUUCCGUCAGAAUCUCCGCUUCGUUCACUCGAACAACCGCGCCCGACGAGGCUACACUAUGGCGGUUAACCAUCUGGCUGACAGGAUUGAUGACGAACUGGCUGCCUUGAGGGGGAGGAAAUACAGCGGACCCAACCCAGGUCUGCCGUUCCCGUACGCGUCAGAGGACAUUGAAGAGGAGAGCGACAAGCUGCCCUCAGAACACGACUGGAGACUCUUCGGCGCCGUCACCCCUGUUAAAGACCAAUCAGUGUGCGGGUCGUGCUGGUCGUUCGGCACCGUGGGCGCCGUGGAGGGAGCUCUGUUCCUGAAGAACGGGAACCACCUCGUCCGCCUGAGCCAGCAGGCGCUAGUCGACUGCUCCUGGGGUUUCGGUAACAACGGAUGCGAUGGAGGCGAGGACUUCCGCGCGUACCAGUGGAUCAUGAAACACGGGCUGCCCACCGAGGAGGAGUAUGGCGGCUACCUGGGACAGGACGGUUACUGCCACAUCGACAACGUCACGCUGGUGACCUCCAUCAAGGGCUGGGUCAACGUCACCACCAACGACGAGAAAGCUCUCAGGCUGGCCAUCUUCAAGCACGGCCCUAUCUCGGUGGCCAUCGACGCUUCUCAUAAAACGUUCAGCUUCUACUCGCACGGCGUCUACUACGAGCCCGAAUGCAAAAAUAAAGUGGAAGAGCUGGACCACGCGGUGCUGGCGGUCGGGUACGGGAUCCUCAACGGGCAGAAGUACUGGCUGGUGAAGAACUCGUGGUCCAACAUGUGGGGCAACGACGGCUACGUGCUAAUGUCGUCCAAGGAUAACAACUGCGGCGUCAUGAGCGCGCCCACCUACGUACUCAUGUAGAUUGGGUACAUAAAAAUAUGCUAGAUACUAAAAUGAUAGUUCGAUAAGCCAAUUUACGACCAAAUAGUUCUGCUUUUUAACUAAUUUUGCACAAUAUGUACGACUUUUGAACAAACUGUACCAUUUUUGAACAAAGUGUACUAAUUUUGUACAAAAUAACAGAUCGAGUGGACAAAUUGGGGCAAUCGAACUGUCACUUUGGCAAUUUAGACAUGACUGUAAAUGGUUGCUUCGAAAAAUAUGUAAAAAAAAAAUAAAACAGCCUAAAAAGAAAAAGAGAUUUUGAUCACCAAAAACCAUAAAAAAACCCACUAAAAGAUCACGGGCAGAAGUACUGGCUGGUGAAGAACUCGUGGUCCAACAUGUGGGGCAACGACGGCUACGUGCUAAUGUCGUCCAAGGAUAACAACUGUGGCGUCAUGAGCGCGCCCACCUACGUACUCAUGUAGAUUGUGUACAUAAAAAUAUGCUAGAUACUAAAAUGAUAGUUCGAUAAGCCAAUUUACGAACAAAUAGUUCUGCUUUUUAACUAAUUUUGCACAAUAUGUACGACUUUUGAACAAACUGUACCAAUUUUGAACUAAUUGUACCAUUUUUGAACAAAGUGUACUAAUUUUGUACAAAAUAACAGAUCGAGUGGACAUAUUGGGGCAAUCGAACUGUCACUUUAGCAAAUUAGACAUGACUGUAAAUGGUUGCUUCGACAAAUAUGUAAAAAAAAUAAAACAGCCUAAAAAGAAAAAGAGAUUAUGACCACCAAAAACCAUAAAAAACCCACUAAAAGAUCACGGGCAGAAGUACUGGCUGGUGAAGAACUCGUGGUCCAACAUGUGGGGCAACGACGGCUACGUGCUAAUGUCGGCCAAGGACAACAACUGCGACGUCAUGAGCGCGCCCACCUACGUACUCAUGUAGACUGUGUUCCUAAAAUCCUGGCAGGGUCGCCAUGUAACCGGAAAGGAUGAGUAUUAUUCCAGCAUUCGCUUGUUUCAUUACUCAUCCUUUCCGAACCUUACAAUAUGCUAGAUACUAACAUGAUAGUUUGAUAAGCCAAUUUACAACCCAAUAAUUCUGCUUUUUAACUAAUUUUGCAUAAUGUGUACCAUUUUUGCACAAUGUGUACCAAGUUUGCACAAUGUGUACCAAAUUUGCACAAUGUGUACCACUUUUGAACAAAUAUGUACAACGUUUGAACAAAGUGUAGGUACUUAUUUUGUACAAAAUUACAGAUCGGGUGACAAAUUGGGGCAAUCGAGCUGUCAUUUCAUAUUUUAAUAAUAGGAUCUCUACAAAUUCCACAAUCUAUUUUGGCAUAGAAGUAACGUUAUAUAAAAAUAAAUUUUGGUAUUUUUUUAAUCUGUGAAGAUAUCACUUGUUUUUUUAGUUUUAUGUAAUAUUCUACUUUUUGUCUUGUACAAAAGUUGUUGUUUAAAGUGAUGUCAAUUUAAUAAUAGAGAUACUUUUAUAGGCAUUAGUUACGUCAAAAUGAAGAGAUCUAGAGCAAUCCAUGUCAAACAUAUAAUAUGUAAGUUUAUUAUAGUUUAAGAGUUCUUAAAAGUUACGCACACUUCCGUGUGCGUAGGCAUGAGCGUGCGCGUGCGUUGAUGUUGGAACAGCGCACACGUCACGCAAGCGGUGUGCCGUCUCACAUAAAAAUCCGUAUAUUACAAGGCGCACGUGCACGUCUACGCACACGCGUCCGGUGUGACUGAUUUAAAAUUGUGUAGAACAUUUAAGAGGUUUGGUUAAAACCACAAUAAAACUAAAAAGUUGCGUUUAAU